AGGCGCGGCAGCCGCGGGACGCUUGGCUGGGCCCGGCUGCUGCGGAAGACGGAAAGCGUGGCUGGCGCUCCUGGCGUAGGGCCUGCUGCUCCGGGACGGCGGCGGCGGGGGACGGCGGCGGGAUGCGCGUGUGAGAUGAGGCCUCGGGCUUCCCGGACGCGAGCAGCGGCCCCCGGGGCAGCGGCCAAGGCCUGCGCGGCCUCCUGGGAGCGCGGCGCGCGGUGCAUGAGGGCGAGCGCGCGGGCGCUGGGCAGCUGCCGGCCACGCCGCCUCCGUAAACACUUGUUUAGGACUUGCUCGCCUCGCUGAGGCCGCGGCGCCGGGCAUGGAACCCCCGCCCGAGGAGCCCGAGCCCGAGCCGGAGCCCCAGUCCCAGUCCCUUCCGGAGGCCUCGGCCGCCGCUCCGCUGCGCGCCCCAGAGGUGGCGCGGCUCCGCGAGGAGCAGGAAAAGGUGGUCACUAACUGCCAAGAGAAAAUCCAGCAUUGGGAGAAAGUAGACAGUGACUAUAGUGCUCUUCAAGAGAGACUGAGAACCUUGCCUGACAAGCUGUCCUACGACGUCAUGGUACCAUUUGGCCCUCUUGCCUUCAUGCCAGGAAAACUUGUCCACACUAAUGAAGUCACUGUUUUACUUGGGGACAACUGGUUUGCAAAGUGCUCGGCAAAACAGGCUGUGGGUUUAGUUGAGCACCGGAAAGAACAUGUAAGAAAAACAAUAGAUGAUUUAAAAAAAGUGUUGAAAAAUUUUGAAUCCAGAGUUGAAUUCACAGAAGACUUGCAGAAGAUGAGUGAUGCUGCAGGUGAUAUUGUUGACAUAAGAGAAGAAAUUAUAAGUGACUUUGAAUGUAAAGGAAAACAACGAAUUGCUCAUAAACCUCAUUCCAAACCUAAAACUUCAGAUGUUUUUGAAGCAGAUUUUGAAGAUGAUGUAAAACCCAAGGAUUUACUUGCUGAUGAGGAAUUAUGGGCUCGACUUGAAGAGCUAGAGAGACAAGAAGAAUUGCUGGGUGAACUUGAUAGUAAACCUGAUACUGUGAUUACGAAUGGCGAAGACACAGUGUCUUCUGAGGAGGAAAAGGGGGCUAACGGCACAGGCGUGAACACGGCGCCUGCAGUGACUGAUCCCCUCGCCUCUGGCAGCCGUGGUACGCAAGCUCGAAACGCAGGACUCCCUAAUGGUCAAGCCAGUCGCCAUUUGAACUGUUCAGUGAAUGGUUCAGAUUCUUACAGCAACGAAGAAGAUGAAGAAGAUGAUGACGAUGUUGACGACGACGACGAUGAUGAAAGUGACCAUGCUAUUUCAGCAGAUAAUUCUGUACCAACAAUAUAUUUCUCUCAUACUGUUGAGCCUAAAAGGGUUCGAAUAAACACCGGGAAGAAUACCACUUUAAAAUUCAGUGAAAAGAAAGAGGAAGCCAAACGGAAACGAAAGAGCAGUGCCGGAAGCCAUGCUACCCAUGAGCUGCCUGCAAUCAGGAGCCCCGCUGACAUUUACAGAGUCUUUGUGGAUGUUGUGAAUGGAGAGUAUGUCCCUCGGAAGUCGAUCCUGAAGUCUCGCAGCAGAGAGAACAGUGUCUGCAGCGACACCAGUGAGAGCAGCGCAGCUGACGUGGACGACAGGCGCAGCGCUCUGAGAAGCCUCAGCAGUGAGGAGGCCGCAGGUACCGACGCCAGCGGGGGCAGUUUGGAAGAGCCGCAGGAAAACCACCCCAAGAAGCCUUUGCCCUCAGGAGUGUCCGAGGCUUUUUCUGGGACUGUAAUAGAAAAAGAAUUCUCAUCCCCCUCCUUAGCACCACACUCAGCCAUUGCUCAUCCUGCCCUACCCACUAUUCCAGAGCGAAAAGAAGUUCUGCCAGAAGCAUCGGAAGAACCUGCAAAGAGGGUUUCAAAGUUCAAAGCUGCCAGAUUGCAGCAGAGAAACUAGAGAGGAGAUGGUCUUUACCUUCUGAGCUCAAGCUUCACUCUAGGACACACAGCAAAUUCAGCCCAUGGGGCUGGAAAGACACCCUGCUUCACGUGGCAAGAGUUCUCUCACCUUCAUCAGUGGCAUUUAAAACGUCACAGUAAAUGUUUGAAUACUGUAAUACUCUGCUGGCUCUGUUAAUUCUCUGAAUACUGUCUAAUUGGCCUUAGGAUGCGGUAGCAGCAUUUGGAUUUACUUUUCAAAGAAUACUGUCAUGCAUUGUUUUUGUGUUUCCAGCUAAACACAGGCAGUUUUGUGCCAGCUGUGAUGUUGUGCUUGCCAUAUGGGCUGUGCUAAAGAAACUUUUAAAUUUUCAAAUAGAUUCAACAAUUAUAUUACUCGCUUUCACAUUUUAAAGGCACUUUAAAGAAAUCUACAUAUCUCUUGUAGGUUACACAGCUAGGUGGUUCUUUGAAAAACUUCCUUUGGAUGUCAUACUGGAAUGUCUAAGGCAAGAAGCUGUACAAACCCUAAGGGAAAUUUUGACUCGAAGAAUAAUAUUUUGUACAACUUUUUUUUUGCAAGUAAAAUUUUUAUGGAACUUGGUUUCUAAAAUGUUGUGAACUUCCUGGUUUAGGAUUGUGUAUAAAAAUGUCUUUGAUUUGUGUAUAUGCUAUCAAACCACACCACAGAUUCUUGAAUUCCUAAAGUCCCACAAGCACCUCUUUUUCCCUGUGCAUACAGUCUUUACUGGAAUUGUUCUUUGGGAGAGAAAAUUUGUCUAGAUGCUUUAAAAAAUAGAUUUUUUUAAAAUAAAGAUUUUUUUAAGUGUUUCAGUCUUCCUCAUAUUUUCAUUCUUCAAGGCUGCUUUGCUACCAGUAAAAAAGAAAAAAAAUGUAUUUACUUGUAGCCAAAAGCCUUAAAGACACAUUCAGUCUCAGGUUGACCAUUACUCUGCAAGUGUUGAUCAUUAGCUUGAUGCAUGCUAAAAUGUAGCUUUUAAAAAGCAUUCCGCAUUAGUACUAAAGCCAUCAAACCCAGUCCACCCCCUAUUCAUGGCUAAAUAUUUAAAGGUUAUUUAUAGUUUCUUUAAUGAAUUCUUGCUUAAACAAAGUGAAAUUAUGUCCUAGAAAAGUUGAAGUUGUAACUAGAGCAGUGCCACUGUCAAAGUUUUUUGAAAUAUGCAUUUUAAUGAUAAAGGGAUGAGUUUGAAUCCAUUAAUGGAUAAUUUACAACAGGGGAUUGAAUUUGAAAGGCUGCCUAAAAAUAUAAUGUUUUUCUAGCCAGUGUUGAUCGUCUGUACAUAUAUUUUGUACAAUGGUUUUUUCCUUUCUGAUUACCCAACUCCCAAACCAAAACCAAUCCAGGGGCACCCUGUUCCUCCUCCCUGGCUGCCACUUAAGCGAGGCUUUCUGUGCUAACCUCCAGAUAUAAGCCUCCCAUAGGACUGUUGUAUCUCUCGACAUGUAACCUCAAGUGUGCUGUCAUUAAACAAUGUUCGUGCCAUGUA